CGGUGAUCCCUCUGACUGACUCUGAACACAAGUUACUGCCUUUGCACUUUGCGGUUGAUCCUGGGAAGGACUGGGAGUGGGGAAAAGAUGACAAUGAUAACACCAGACUGGCCAAUUUGAUUCUGUCUCUUGAGGCAAAACUUAAUCUUCUACACAGCUAUAUGAAUGUAACAUGGAUACGCAUACCAUCUGAGACACGGCAGGCCCCUUUGGCUCAACCAGAAUCCCCUACAGCUUCAGCCGGGGAAGAUGUUCAGUCGCUGGCUGACUCAAUGGACUCAGACCGAGAUUCUAUCUGUAGUAAUUCCAACGGCAAUAAUGGUAAAAACAGUAAAGAAAAAGAAAAGGACAAACAGAGGAAAGAUAAAGACAAAACCAGGACGGAUUCAGUUGCCAAUAAAAUAGGAAGCCUCAGCAAAACCCUGGGAAUUAAACUGAAGAAGAAUAUGGGUGGUCUUGGAGGCCUGGUGCAUGGCAAAAUGAGCAGAGCCAAUUCAGGGAAUGGAAAAAAUGGUGACACAGUAGAGAAAGUCAAAGAGAAGAAGUCUAAGUCUAGAAAAGGGAGCAAAGAGGAAUCUGGACAGUCUGCAAGCACUUCUCCAUCUGAAAAGACCACUCCAUCCCCGACUGACAGAGCUAACAACUCACCCAUUGAAAAGAUGAACACUAAAUCCUUCUCUGACAAGCAGUCUGACCCAUGGAAGUACAGCACCGAUGUGAAACUCAGCCUAAAUAUUUUGAGAGCUGCCAUGCAGGGUGAACGAAAGUUUAUUUUUGCUGGCCUUCUUUUGACCAGCCAUAGGCAUCAGUUCCACGAGGAGAUGAUAGGCUAUUACCUGACUAGUGCACAGGAGCGUUUCAAUGCGGAACAGGAACAGAAACGAAAGGAUGCUGAGAAAAAGGCAGCACUGAGUGGGUCAUCUAGUAGGAAACUGGAGCAGGAAGCAUAUUCUAAAGAAAAAUUAGAAACAUCUCCUCAGGAUAGGGCAUCACCCGUCUUGCCUCAAAGCCAUACAACUCAACUGGUUUUAAAAUUUAAAGAUCGCACUAGUCCCACUCCUGGGUCGUUUUCUUCACCUAGUAAUGGUGCUAAGAGAAGUGGACCCAUUCCGGUAUCUGCCCACUAUAGCCAUACGCCACCUGUUCAAAGGCAAAGUGUCAUCCAUUUGCAUGAUGUCAACUCCAAGCCGUCGAGCUUCCAAGACGAUACCUACAAGCCAGUGGUUGGCACCCUAAAAACCUGUGCCACCUAUCCCCAACAAAACAGAUCGCUGUCUUCUCAAAGCUAUAGCCCAGCGCGGAUAUCCGGUAUCCGUACCGUGAACACAGUGGAAUCGCUGAGCUAUGCCAUGCCUACUGAACACAAGUCUCAGACAUACACGAGUGGAUUCAACACUGGCGAUAUUAGAGACUGCUUAGAAUAUGCUGAUGAGGAUGCUCCUCAGACCUGGUUGAACAAUGAUAAAAAUCAAGGCAGAAGCACAGUUUGCCCGAUGUAUUCCAUCCAGCAGAACCGCUGUAAGAAGGAGAACUGUUCCUUUUAUGGUCGUCCUGAGACUGAUAAUUACUGUUCAUACUGCUACAAAGAAGAGUUAAAGCGCAGGGAGAGAGAAAGCAAGGGACACAGGCAUUGAGGAUUCUUCCGUGACUAGUUAGUUUUACCAUUUUCUUACUUACAAAGUAAAUAGUGUUGAAUUGCAGUAAAAGGAAUCCUUAAAAAAGAAUAAAGGAUUGAUG